AUGUUUACAGUCGAGACAUUGACCUGGAUCCAAAAACUGACCUCGAAGUUAAUAAAAAGCGAAAUUGUUAAGGAGCAUUACCAUAUAAGGUACCGCUACCGAUCAGGCAGGGCCUUACGACGAGGAAACAGCGGCGGCGUUGUAGUGAGGACAGGCCCUGCUCCACCCCAGCCUCGCUCCGCCCCUCAGGUCAACGGAAACUCCACGCCGCCCUAUGAGCCCGUAAAGGUGAGUUCGCUCCGUUCAUAA